CAGUUUGUCUUACUGGAGUCACUGCCUAUUCAGAAAUGGCGCAAACCCUUAAAAUUAAAUGGAAGGCAGUACCAAAGAUUUAUGAAAAUGGUCCAGGCUUUGGGUACAACGUGAGCUACCGAAUAACCGCAUCGAAGUGGAAACACGAAUUAGUUUAUGGAAAAGAGUACAUACUAAUGAACAUGAGCGUCGAUGAGCAGUGGGCAAUUCAAGUGCAAAGCAUAAAUGCGAAGGGAAAUGGCCCAGAGUGCCCUAUUAAAAGAUCAGCAAGCGAAGCACCUACGGUGGCCCCAAAAUCGUUCAAGCAUAAGGAAAUUGGAUCCGACUACGUUUUGCUGAAAUGGGACUCAGUUCAUGGGCCGAUCGAGGGAUACAAGCUAAGCUAUUGGUACGAAGACGGGAGUAAGACACGCGUAAAACGCGCGGUUAGUUCGUGUGUGGGAGAAAAGAACGCGUGCGUAACCUUUAUCAAAAACGUAAUGACGACCCAAUACAGACAGGGAGACUUGCAACCAUUUAAGAACUACACCAUGUACUUGCAAGCUUACAACCAAAUUGGCCCGGGACCAAAAAGUAAUCAUAUUAAAGUGUCCACAAAGGAAGGAAAACCCGGAGUGGUACAUGACGUAAGCGUGACGUCAUACGGACGUUAUUUGCACGUGCAAUGGAAACCACCGAUCGAGGCUAACGGUAUUAUUGUUGGUUACCAACUAAGGAUCAAUAGCUCUUCCUUUACAGUAGGAAGUCGUGUUCUCGAAUAUUUAUUCAACAAGUUACAGCCCAAGACAGAGUACGUUGUGUUUAUAACCGCAGAAACAAACGCAGGCUCAGGAGAAGCCGUUUCAACUUCUGCCCGCACGACAGACAUGAGAACUCCGGCAGUGGCACGUCCACCAAUAGUUGAAGCCAUCGACGAAGAUAGUGUCAAUGUCACCUACGUUCCGAGCUCAAAGGAAGGCGGAUACCCGGAAAAAUUCUACAUUGUUUAUAAAGAAAAAGAAGAUGAUAAAAACUUAAAGGAUACGGAUGCCAUCGAAAUCAAAAAAAAUGGACAAAAAUCGUUCAUCCAGAUUAAUGAUUUGGACGAUACCAAAGUUUACUUGUUUGCAACUGUUGUCACCAACGGUGACUUGAAAAGCAACUGGAGUGAUUUUGCUGAAGGACGCACAAUUUCCAUAAGAGAACUAAAGGACGACAGCUCACCAAUAUACCGUGAAGUUUGGUUCUACAUCAUUCUUAUCCUCAUACUGCUGCUGUUGCUUCUCCUCCUAUUGCUUUUGUACCUUCGACGAAAACCUAAACAGACAUACAAUGUGAGUGAUCGAGAAAGAAAGCGUAAAGUAUAUGAUACACUUGAAAUGGGGGAUGAACAAACUUUCACGGAACCUGAAGUGACCUUUGCACCUCCACAAAGACAAAAUGCAAGCAAUGCUACUGUUCCACAAUACAAAGACCCCUUAUUGAAAGACAAUGACAGUUUGGAGGAAUAUGGUGGUUCUGAUGACGACUUCUAA